AUGGCUGACCUUGAUAUUAAAUUUCUUUUACAACAGAAGAAGGCUGAAAAACUCAAAGCUCUGGAAGCAGCUAGACCUCUGGUACCGCCGGCUUGGGACGCAAAAUAUAUCACAACCAAGGACGGGCAUGAUGGCGAAUUUGAAUCAGAUACCAAGUUUGAUUCAGACAAUGAGACCUCAACCAAUACAGCCUCGCCUCAAAAGCCAUUUGGAUUCAAUUGUGAACCUCAAAGUCGAUCGUCGACCAAUCCAAAACCUCUGAGGAAGGACGAGAUUUCACAAUCAUCCAUCAUACUUAUAUCAAUCGAACCCGACAAGCGACGAUUCUUUCGCCCCCUAGCAGACGCCAUCACAUCGUCUAGUGGAGACCAGCUCGGUAAGAUACUUUUGCGUUUAUGCGUCGAGUAUCCCGAUGCUAGGGCAGUGGUUGAAUCUUUCCUUGCGGAUACUAUCGAUGAAGGUAUCAACGACAAUCCAUAUCCAAUACUUCGCAGAAACUCAAACUCGAAGAGCGAGCAAUCCUCACAAAAGACUUCACCAACCAAGAAAGUCUUAGAAAAUCCGUUGUUGCCAGUUGCGUUAAACAAUAACAAUCAGAAAGAGGAACAGAGGCCACUUAUCGCGAAGUCUGCCAAAGAUGACCCAAAAUCACCACCAGCUGUACUUGCUGUUGUGAAGUCUACCGGAAAACUGCCAUCAGUCCCUCAAACCUCUAUCUCUCCACAUAGCUCAGCUGUUAGCGAAAAGCGCAAACGGGAUGAAUCUGUAGAUGCUUCGGUUGUCUCUCAAUCACAGAAGAAAUCAAAACCAUAUUAUGUCAUUCCUAAGCAUUCAAGGAAGGAUACUCCAUUGAGCGAAAACAAAGACACAACUCCACUAUUCAAGUCGAUGUCGGCAAACUCUCCAAGCACCUCCGAACGACCCAAAACCAAGCCCAUCGAAGCUUUGCAACCUCUUUCUGAUUUCGCUAACAAAACAGGUGCUGGAGGAGAACCGUCUGAUAAAUGUACUUGUUCAGAUUGUCAUCAAGAAUUUGCCAUGAAGAAGAAUCUGGAGCGACAUAAGAGAGUUGUACAUAAAACAGAAGGAGAGCCAUUCGGAUGUUCGAUUUGCACCAAAAAGUAUGCUCUUCGGGACUAUCUUUAUCGCCAUCUGACCUCUUUUCAUACAACUGAUUUGAAGUGUAAUGCUUGUGGACUUUUAUAUCCAGAUGAUAAUAUUUUGAGUACACACAUGAGGUCUGUGCAUGGCGUACAGGUAGUCGAAGAUAUAAAAAUCAAGAAAACUCCAACGGUACUGAAUUCUGCCAAGAAGCAGGUUCGUUUCCAAGAGGAUUCGAUGAAAUUGCUGAAGUUCUGA